CUAUUGAAGGCUGAAACCAAGUCCUGACCUCCCCUCACCUGCGAGACCCUUGAUCUGUCCUGGCCCUGAGUCUCUUGAAAUCCGUUGCAGGUGGCACAAUCUGAUACCAAGAUCCAGACUGCGUAUUGUUCCUGACCGGCGCUUGGGACACAGGCACGACACGAGAGGGCGACAGCGAGCGAGAGAGGUCACAGUGAAAGAGUCCCCCCCUCCCCUCUCCCCGUUGACGUUGCUUUCGCCUUCUUUGAGACAAAUCUGAAGCCUCAGAUGUUUACUGUAAUGUUAAGACGUGCAUAUCGAACAGAUACUCCAUGGCAUAGAGCACAGAAAUGGAAAUCAGUGGCUUUUGCAUUUCUGUUGCUUAUCCUUACAACAACCCUAUUUUUCUCUAUAGAGAACCCCAAAUCAGAUCAUGCAUUUCACUUGUCGGUGCUCAAAUGGAACAGUUUUCGGUCUGCAGUUCAGUUUUCUCCCACUGUUGAAUUCGUGAAUGGAACUGAUGUCAUAUGGCAGAUACCUGACUCUCCAAAGGCUAUUCUCUUCCUGGCUCAUGGUUGUAAUGGACGAGCUGCAAAUUUUUGGGAUCGUUCUCAAAGCUGCCCAAAUUGUGUAGGCUUACCUGAGGAACGUCUUAUUGUCCUUAAUGCUCUUGCUCAUAAAUUUGCUGUUAUCACCAUUUCAAGCACUGGCCGAUGCUGGUUAUUAGGAAAAGAAAAAGAAAGUGUUAAGCAGAUUAUCACAUGGUGGAUUGAGAAAAGAAAGCUGGAAAAGCUCCCUCUGACAGCUCUUGGGGCCUCUUCUGGUGGGUAUUUCGUUUCAGCUCUUGCAACUAAACUAAAAUUUAGUAGCAUCACUAUUAUGAUUGCGGAAGGUGUUUUUGAUUACCAAGAACUGCCGGAUGAUUACCCACCAACUCUUUUUGUUCACAUGCCAAAAGACCGUAAAAGAGCACGAUUGAUAUCUGAAUAUAUGGAAAGUCUUAAGAAGAAAGGUAUCUUAGUUUCAGAAAUUAGAUGCACGGAAUUCCCAUUGUCACCCAAAUUUUUGUCUGAUCGAGUUCCAGGCGUGGAUGAAGCUCUUUCUGUCAAAAUUUUUCGUACGUUCCAUGAAAAAGGCAUUAUAGAUGAAAAGGGAUUCAUGGUGAGUGAUGGUCGUAUUGUACGUUGGAGAGAAGCCCUUGCAGAAAAGGAGGUAUUACCAGACAAUUAUGAAUGGGCCAGCCAUAUUCAGGAGGAGCUUAACCUUGCAUUCGCAUAUCAUGAAAUGACUAGCUUACCAAUUGCACAGAUACUGGACUGGUUUCAGUCGCAUCUGAGUUAAUGGGAUUCUGCUAUCUUGGCAAAACAAUCUUCAAAACCACAUAUCUAAGCUUCAAACCGCAUUUAAGCGUGCAAAAGCAGCUCAUGUUAUGAGUCAUGAUUGCUGUGCGGAAAAUUAGCCUUGUGGAAGUGAGCAGUUUCGUGGCUGGCAAGAAUCUAUUUUUCAAGUGGAGGCUCACAAAUGGAAUUCCUGUGUUACAGUUUCCAUCUUCAGCAACGGUAUAAUUGACUGGCAAUGUUCAGUUUAUGUAAAACUUUGCAAGGCAAACUUGAGUUUGACUUCCAUUUUCA